GUCUUUGUGGCUUUACUUUGUUUUCUGGACGACACCAGGGAGCCGGGAGUUUGCUGCUAUUGCGUUCAGGGUCCCAAAUAUUGUCUUGGCCAGCGGAUAGAGUUAUUUCCUAGCCGAAGACAGCAUUCUCGUUACGGCUUCCUGGGGUGCUCUUCCACCUUCACAAGUGAUCUCCUAUACCAAAUGUCACCCGCUCAGGAUUACCACACUGCCGUCGAGAACGCUGCUGCUGGCAUAGUCGUUCAGCCUACUGUCGACGUUUCACCUGCACCUGGCGUGUACUACAACCCCCGCUUGGACCCCAAGAACUUCUUGGAAGGUCCCCUCUCACCUAAUCCCGCUACGAGGCUUCGUCAAAUGCUUGCACGACCGGGUAUCGUCGUCGCUCCCGGUAUCUGUGAUGGCAUUAGUGCCCGAUGUGCACUCGAAGCCGGUUUCGAUUGCUUGUAUCAAAGCGGUGCUGCAACUACAGCGUCUCGUCUAGGCCAGCCGGACCUUGCUAUCGCGACUUUAAAUGACUUCGCGGAGGCUGGUCAAAUGGUCGCUGGCCUUGAUCCAACCGUCCCAGUUAUUGCUGAUGCCGAUACUGGGUUUGGUGGACCUGCCAACGUCGCUCGUACCGUCAAAGCAUACGCCAGAGCUGGCAUCGCCGCCCUUCACAUAGAGGAUCAAGUCCAGACCAAACGUUGCGGUCACUUGAUGGGGAAGCAAGUCGUUUCGCGAGAAGAGUUCUUGACCCGUAUCAGGGCUGCUGUCCUCGCUCGGGAUUCUAUUCCUGGAGGCUCUGAUUUCGUGAUUAUCGGAAGAACUGAUUCUGCACAAGUCCUCGGAAUGGAAGAAGCUAUCACUCGACUGAAAUUGGCUGCUGCCGCUGGUGCAGAUGUCUGUUUCAUCGAGGGUGUGAAGACCAAAGACCUCUUGGAGAGCACUGUAGAAGCUCUUGCGCCUACACCAGUCCUCGUCAAUGUUAUCUCCGGUGGACUUACGCCCUCCUUCACCUACCCCGAAGCGGAACAGAUGGGUGCUAAAAUCAUUAUUUUCUCUUUGGUAUCUUGUGUUGCAAUGGUUCAUGCAGUCCGAGCUGCCAUGCGCUCGUUGAAGAAGACGGGGACCGAUUUUACCUCGGCCCAAGGGAUGGACCCGAAGAAGUUCUUUGAAGUGAUGGGGUUAAAUGAAGUUGUAGAUUUCGACGCCAAGGCUGGCGGUACCGCGUUCCAGGUCGUGUAA